AUGUAUAGAGGACUAAAAUGUAUUUUGACUUUUAUCUAUUCACCAAUAUUAUUGACGCUAAGUCAAGAAUACGGGGAACAGAAUCCGCCAACAACAGAAGAGUCGGAAGAAUUGACUGACCCCGUACACCCUGACUUAGAUGCAUUUCUCGACGUAGAUGGAGUGUACGGCUUGUAUACAACACAAAAUUUCGAAUAUGUCAACUGGCAACAUUACUAUGAAGAUGAACCAUAUUUUCUAAAAGAGGACUACUAUCAUGUCGUUCUGAUAGACGCGAGAUGCAGUGCUGAUCACGUCAAAUGUCUCUCAAAUUUGGAGAUGCCUAUACCAGUCUGUGCAUACUUUUGGAAGACUCAGGUCGAGUAUCAUCGUUACAAAGUAUUUGAGUCAUAUUGUCAUGUAUAUUUAGAAAACUGUUUACAUCGUCAUAGACGUUACCGCAUGUUGAAUUACGGUGGCUGUUAUCUAAAUAAUGAUGAAUAUCCUAGCAAAUGGCAAUAUCCUCCUCAUGAGCCUUCACCUUUUGACAUUCCUUACAAUACCUGGGGUUGA